UCUGCGGUAGAGGCGGCCGGGUCUCUUUAAGGCCCUGCUGCGCCUGCGCCUUGGGCUCUCCUGACGCGGCCGGGCCGGACCCUGGAGGAGCCAGCUGGCCGGCAGGCGAGGGGCUAGCGGCGAUUCCGACAGCGGUGGUACCGGGAGGGGUAGAUGAGGGUCGCGAGGCGGCCCUGAGCUUCUGAGUGAGCGUGGUGCUUUUGGGAAGGCGGGACGGGCGACCCGUGGAGCCAGGAGCGGGGCCGAGGCGCUGAGACGCGGCGGCGCGGCUGCCGGCUGGAUGGGAAGUUAAUGUUUACGGCGAAGUCUACUCAACGUUUCCAAGGUGGCGACAGACAAGGUUGCAGAAAAGCUGAGCUCUACUCUCUCAUGGGUGAAGAACACAGUAUCGCAUACAGUCAGUCAGAUGGCCAGUCAGGUGGCGAGUCCAUCUGCUUCAUUACAUACCACAUCCUCAUCUACCACACUAUCAACACCAGCCCUUUCACCAUCUUCCCCAUCACAGUUGAGUCCAGACGACUUAGAACUCCUGGCUAAACUGGAAGAACAGAAUAGAUUGUUAGAAACGGAUAGUAAGUCUUUAAGAUCUGUAAAUGGGUCAAGAAGAAACAGUGGCUCUUCUCUUGUGUCGAGUUCUUCAGCCUCUAGCAACCUCAGUCACCUUGAAGAAGAUUCUUGGAUUCUUUGGGGAAGAAUUGUUAAUGAAUGGGAAGAUGUACGCAAAAAGAAGGAAAAGCAAGUUAAGGAACUUGUUCGUAAAGGGAUACCCCAUCACUUUAGAGCAAUAGUUUGGCAACUUUUAUGCAGUGCACAAAGUAUGCCAAUUAAGGAUCAGUAUUCAGAACUCCUGAAAAUGACCUCGCCUUGUGAAAAAUUGAUCCGAAGGGACAUUGCUAGAACUUAUCCUGAACACAACUUUUUUAAGGAAAAAGAUAGCCUUGGACAGGAGGUUUUAUUUAAUGUAAUGAAGGCUUAUUCUUUAGUAGAUCGUGAGGUUGGCUACUGUCAAGGAAGUGCUUUUAUAGUUGGAUUGUUGCUUAUGCAGAUGCCAGAAGAAGAAGCUUUCUGUGUAUUUGUUAAAUUAAUGCAAGAUUAUAGACUUCGUGAACUUUUUAAACCAAGUAUGGCAGAAUUGGGCCUUUGUAUGUACCAGUUUGAAUGUAUGAUACAGGAGCAUCUUCCAGAGCUCUUUGUACAUUUUCAAUCUCAGAGUUUUCAUACCUCAAUGUAUGCAUCAUCCUGGUUUCUGACUAUCUUUCUUACAACUUUUCCACUACCAAUUGCAACAAGGAUAUUUGAUAUCUUUAUGUCUGAGGGUUUAGAAAUAGUGUUUCGUGUAGGAUUAGCACUUCUUCAGAUGAAUCAGGCAGAACUGAUGCAACUUGACAUGGAAGGGAUGUUACAGCACUUUCAAAAGGUCAUUCCACAUCAGUUUGAUGGUGUCCCAGACAAGCUAAUCCAAGCAGCUUACCAAGUCAAAUACAACUCAAAGAAAAUGAAAAAGCUUGAAAAGGAAUACACUACAAUAAAAACGAAAGAAAUGGAAGAGCAAGUUGAAAUUAAAAGGUUACGCACAGAAAAUAGACUUUUAAAACAGCGCAUCGAGACAUUAGAAAAAGAAAGUGCUUCCUUGGCAGAUAGAUUGAUACAGGGACAAGUGACAAGAGCCCAGGAGGCUGAGGAAAACUACCUCAUAAAACGGGAGUUGGCCACCAUCAAACAGCAGAGUGAUGAGGCCAGUGCUAAGCUGGAGCAAGCUGAAAAUACCAUCAGGAAGCUCCAGCACCAACAACAAUGGCAUAAAUGCAGUUCCAACUACAACGAAGAUUUUGUGCUACAGCUAGAGAAGGAAUUGGUCCAAGCCCGACUGAGUGAAGCUGAGUCUCAGUGUGCACUAAAAGAGAUGCAGGAUAAAGUCUUGGAUAUAGAGAAGAGGAAUAACUCCCUUCCUGAUGAGAAUAAUAUCGCAAGGCUUCAGGAAGAACUCAUUGCUGUGAAACUGAGGGAAGCAGAAGCCAUUAUGGGUUUGAAAGAACUUAGACAGCAAGUCAAGGAUUUAGAGGAACACUGGCAGCGCCACUUAGCUCGUACUACUGGGAAAUGGAAAGACCCACCGAAGAAAAAUGCUAUGAAUGAGUUACAAGAUGAACUGAUGACCAUUCGACUUAGAGAAGCUGAAACACAGGCAGAAAUAAGAGAAAUAAAACAAAAGAUGAUGGAAAUGGAAACACAGAACCAGAUCAAUAGUAACCAUCUUCGAAGAGCAGAACAAGAGGUGGUUAACCUACAGGAGAAAGUGCAGUAUCUUUCUGCACAGAACAAAGGACUCCUUACUCAGUUAAGUGAAGCAAAGCGCAAACAAGCAGAGAUUGAAUUCAAGAAUAAGGAAGAAGUGAUGGCUGUGAGGCUCCGGGAAGCAGAUAGCAUAGCUGCUGUGGCUGAACUACGACAACACAUUGCUGAGCUUGAAAUCCAGAAAGAAGAAGGAAAGCUUCAAGGACAGCUUAACAAGUCUGACUCUAACCAGUAUAUUAGGGAACUGAAAGAUCAGAUAGCAGAGCUGAAUCAUGAGCUCAGGUGCCUAAAAGGCCAGAGGGGCUUCUCAGGCCAACCUCCUUUUGAUGGAAUCCACAUUGUCAACCAUUUAAUAGGAGAUGAUGAAUCAUUCCAUUCCUCCGAUGAAGAUUUUAUAGAUAAUUCCUUACAGGAAACUGGUGUUGGUUUUCCUUUGCACGGAAAAUCUGGCUCGAUGUCUUUGGACCCCGCAGUGGCAGAUGGUAGUGAGAGCGAAACAGAAGACAGUGUGCUGGAGACCAGAGAGAGCAAUCAAGUGGUUCAAAAGGAGCGGCCCCCGAGAAGAAUAGAGUCGUAUUCAACCACUGUCUGACCAUCACUGUGACCUAGACUAUGGAUUUAUUUAAGGGAUCAGCUAUCAUAUGAUUAGGGAUUUUUGGAAAUAAUUUGUUUCAUAUGUACAUAUAUAUAUAUACAUAUAUAUAUAUAUAUUUUACAGUCUUAUCUGCCUUUUUAUCUUUGCCAAAUCUUUACCACUGACUUACCAUUGCCAUAAAGUAGACUGGUAUAUGGUUAAUGUGUAAAACAAAGUUCUAACAGUAUUACUGAAUAUUAAUGUUUCUUGUUUAGAAAAUGCAACUAUAUCUAUAUGGGGGAACCAUUUUGAAGUUCAAAACUAUGGAAAAUUGAGUUUUCUUCAGACAAAACUGCUCUUGUGCAAUAUUUUAUGCUCAGUGAGCAAAUUGUAUAUUUAUGUUUAUCAAUUUGUUCUCAAGGUGGCUGUCUACAGACCUUUGACCAAGACAUAUGUCUGAUUUACCUUGUGUUUUGUUUUUUUUAUUGUUGUUUUUUUUUUUUUUUAAGACAGAGAUCCACUCUGUCACCCAGGCUGGAGUGCUGUGGUGUGAUCUCAGCUCACUGCAACCUCCGCCUCCCGGGUUCAAGCAAUUUCCCUGUCUCAGCCUCCCAAGUACCUGGGACUACGGGUGCGCAACACCACGCGUGGCUAAUAUUUUGUAUUUUUAGUACAGACUGGAUUUCACCAUGUUGGCUGGGCUGGUCUCGAACUCCCGACCUCAAGUGAUCCACCCGCCUCAGCCUCCACGAUUACAGGCGUGAGCCACUGCACCCAGCCUAGCUUGUAUGUUUGUAUCUGGGAGGUUUUUUUUUUUUCCAUGAAAAUUAUUGAUGGGCCACUGAAAGUUCCCACACACAAAGACUUUAUAUAAUUUCAUAAACACAAAUUCAUGCUUAUCUGUUUUGAGAGUUUUAAGUUUUGUUUUAAUGUUUAACUUUUAUGUGCAUAUGAUGCUUCCAUGUGUUGGUUACCAGAGUAGUAGGUUAACUACAGACAUACUGUUUAUUUGUACAUAUUUAUAAAUCUGUACCACCUAACAUUGAACAUCAUUUUAUAUGAAGAACAUACAUGUUGCAAAAUGACUGCUUUUGGCAUCUAACAGGACUUCUGUAAAUAAUAGGUUAAAUGAAAAGUUAAAAAUAAAACACUAAUAUUUUAAGAGCUUUAGUAUUUUGCUUAGCAUUCAACACUAGCAGUUUCAUAACUGAUGCCUGUUCGAAAACACUUGGUGGAAUCUUAUUUUAUGUGUAUGUAACUACUAAAUUUUUCAUGACUGAAGAGGUUAUAGCACAUAUUAGUUAGUGCUGAUAUUCUACUGAAUAUAAUUUAAGUAAUGGGCUAAGGUCCAAGAAACAUAGCAAUUAUAUCUACAAAUAACCUAUGAACGUGAUCUUCAGAAUCUCUAGUUUUUGUUCUAUAGAUAAAGCCAUAAGAAUUCUUUCCUACCAGUUUUUCCUUUAUCAUUUAGAUAUUAUUUCCUAGAAAACAGGAUGCCUGUCACUGAUAAAUUAGAGAAAACACCCAAAUUAUACUUGCACUAUGGAAAGAUGACAUGAAUAUGUUGACUGGGUACUUUCUACUCUCAUUUUUGUUAGUCUAUGAAAAAAAAAUUUUUUUUUGUUAACCUAUGGAAAAAAGCCUUGGAAGAGAAAAGUAGAAUUCAGUAUGUAUGGAGGCACAGUUUUGCACAGUAUGUUGCGUGCGGAGAAAAAAAUUAUGAAAUAGAGUAAAAGAGAUAUGUAGUUUUCUGUCAAAACCUAGGACUUAAGCCUUCAGGUGCAUUUUGAACUAGGCUUUCCAGCAAGGUUUCUAUAGGUAUUUGCUUGCCUGAGAAAUGAAAUUGAAAACAUGCCCCUGUGUCUAGUCCGUAACACCAGGCUAAAUUCUGGUAGUUCAAUAACUUACCUGUGGUUACAAGCUAGUAAGUAGCAGAGCCAAGAUUUUUUUUAAUAUGGAGACAGUUGUCUUACCAUGUUGUCCAGGCUGGUCUUGAACUCCUGGCCUCAAGCAGUCCUCCUUCCUCAGCCUCCCAUAGUGUGGGGAUUACAGGUGCGAGCUACCGCACCCAGUGAGAGCCAAGAUUUUAAUCUAGAUCUCCUUAACACCAAAGCUUUUGAAAAGGUUCAGCUGAAGAAUUUCUCAAUUCCCUAUUUUGUUUUGUUUUUUGAGAUGAAGUCUCACUCUGUCACCCAGGCUGGAGUGCAGUGGUGCGAUCUUGGCUCACUGCAACCUCCGCCUCCCGGGUUCAAGCAAUUCUCCUGCCUCAGCUACCAAGUAGCUGGCACUACAGGUGCACGACACCACGACUGGCUAAUUUUUGUAUUUUUAGUAGAGAUGGGGUUUCACUAUGUUGGCCAGGCUGAUCUCAAACUUCUGACCUCAGGUGAUCCACCCACUUUGACCUCCCAAAGUGCUGGGAUUACUAGGCGUAAGCCACCACACCUGGCAAUUCCCUGCUUUUUUGACAAUGUAAUUUAAAUAAAUUUGAUUUAAAUGUUUCCUGAAUAUAUAUACAGAUAGAUAUAUGAGUAUCAACACUUACAAGCUCUACACAGUUUAUAAGUGUAGAUACUACUUACUCGUAGGAUUGUCUUGUGCUUUGGGGAUUUUUCGUUCGGAGUUCUAUACUAUCAGCUCAAAAGGCUAUCGAUGCCCAAGUGAAGUGAGAUGCUUCAUGGCCACAUUAUUGCUUUGACCCUCACAUCAAGAGAUCUGAAUGACCUAGACUAGGGGUCAGCAAACUGCAGCCUACAAGCUAUUCCAGUCAGCUGCCAGUUUUUACUUUUUUAAAUAGUUGGGGGAAAAGUUCCAAAGACUAAUAUUUUGUGUCACAUGAAAAUUAUAUGAAAUUUAAAUUGCAGUGUCCAUAAGUAAAGUUUUAUUGGGGCACACCCAUCCUCACCCUUUUAAAUAUUGUGUAUGGCUGCUUUGUGCUACAGUAGCAGAGUUGAGUCAUUGCGAGGGAGACUGUAUGGCCCAGGUAGCCUAAAAUAUUUAUCUGAUCCUUUACAGAAAAAGUUUGCUAACCCUUGAUAACAGAUACUCUAAAAUGCAGGUUUUUCUUCUUCAGUUUAACUCAGUGGUAGGUCAAAUUGUUUGCUCUUGCUAUUAAGCUUAUGAUUUGGAAACGUAAAAUUUCAUGGUGGAUCUUAUGCUCAGAACUAUUCAAAAGGGAAAACAUGCCAGCCAUUUUAUAUGAUGAAGUCUCUUAUUCCAUAGAAAAUUGUAGAAAGAUAUCUGUAUCUUUCGAGAAGGAGAAACAAAGGAAAGAAUUCCAGAAUCCCAUCACUGUUCUUUAAAGCAUGCAUCACAGACCUUUAAGGGUAUACUUUAUUGAGUAAAGGUUAUCAUUUGACUUUAAGAUAAGAAAUUUUCAGAAUCAUGUUUGAAUUCUAAACUUUGAUAUUCUUAAGUACCAUUUCUGAUUAGGAAUUAGGUGUUAAAGGAAUCAUGGUAAGGAAACCUUAAUUCGUUGAAACUCUUGUAAUUUGGACAACAGAAAACUAGAAAUAACACUCUUUUCUUUGAAGAUCUGAUUCAAAUACACCUCAGAAGAGUUUAAAAUCUUCCAGGCCUUUAGGAUGCAAUAGGAUAUCAUGCCCUGGUUUGACUCCUUUUCAUUCAAAUUAAUGUAAGUAUGUUGUUCCAGACUUUGAAGCAUUGAACAAUGUUCUCUUGAUAAAUUUUAUUUAAUCUCUGACACUUUGUGAUAUUUAAAUGUUGUUAAGUUAACACUUAGAGUUGAGUAAUAUUCAGGGGAGAAAAGUGAAUGAAAUGACUCAUAAUAAGAAAGCUUGCUCCCUUGGGAUAAUUACAUUCCUGGUGUCAUUGCCAUCCUGGGUUGACAAGUUGCGAGUAUAGGAUACAAGUGAUGUGAAUAAAAUGGAAAUUGCAUUGAGUUAAUGAAACAGACACUUUUAGAUCAAGAAAACACUUCAACAGCCUUUUUAAAAAUUGGCACACUCCUGUAGUCCCAGCUAUCCAAGAGGCUGAGGCAGGAGGAUCACUAGAGUACAGGAGUUUGAGGCUGUAGUGUGUAAUGAUCACACCUGUGAGUGAAUAACCACUGCACUCCAACCUGGGCAACAUGGCAAGACACUAUCUCUUUAAAAAAAAAAAAAAUUUUUUUUUCUUCCUGGGAAAAGAAGUCAAAGAUAUAACUUUACACAAUUUCUACACCCACUGCCUUUUUGUUUGUUUGUUUGUUUGUUUUUUGGCUAGAUACUAGGUAUUCAGUGUUUGCUAACUGAGAUGUCAGGUUUCAACUAAUCGGCCAGUUAUUUGGGAAGGAGAAAAACUUUUUCUCAGCUCUGAACAUGAUGCAGCUUGUUAACUCUCCAGAUAGUGCCUUUGAUUGAAAAUAAGGUCUACACCUUUUUAAGUAUAUUAUAUCUGACAUCAUAAGAAAUAAUUUAGUUCCUUAUUCUCAUUUAUCUUUUAUAUAAUGCACUGUAAUAUUCAAGUUUAAAGUAAAAUAAGUAUAUGAAUUAUAUUUUGGUAAAACUGUUUCAUGACCAGCUUGAUUAAUGUACAUUGUACAUUAACAUACCAGACAUUGACAGCGAACAUUUCAUGAAAUCAAUUAUUUGCUUAUUAAAACAAUGAGUAUUAGCUUGAAAGUUAUUGCUGCUCUAUUAUUAACAAAACUAAGUUUUAAAAAUUAAUUUUAAUUCUACUGAAAUUCAAUUUCUGGUUAAAGAUAUAGUGGAUGCUAUUUAUGAUCCAAGUUUUUACAUCACAUCCAUUGAUCUGCCUAUCCUUUCUUUUCACUCCAAAGAGGAGAUGAUAGAAUAAUACAUUCAAUAUACUACCAAGAAGCAAAGUUAUAAUGUGUUUCAUUUUAUGGUUGGAAUUUUUUAUUGUAACAUUGUAUGAUAACCUGAAAUGUUUACUUGUGCCUUUGCUUUAAACAAUUAAAGUUUUCCAUUUUAUAAGAA